UCGCCAUGGAAACUUUAAGGCGAGUGUUGGAUGUUAGUUGUCAAAGUUUGCCAUGGAGCCAGUGGCCAGAGCUUAUUAUGGUAAAGCGACUUCUUUAAAUUUGAAUUCCAAAAAACUAAAGGACGUCCCCGGGUGUGUUUCCCGAUUAUCAAACCUGUCAGUGCUGCUGCUGAACAACAACUCCAUCAGCGCCCUGCCUGCCGAGCUGCUCUCUUUACAACGCCUGGUUAAGCUCAAUUUGGGAAAUAAUGCCUUGAAGGAGGUCCCUGCUGUUUUGGGCCAUCUGGAGUCCUUGAAGAAACUGUAUCUGUUCAGCAACCAAAUUACAGUAGUGCCACCUGAUGUCAUAGAUGGUUUACACAACCUUGUUGUGCUCAAUCUGAACCACAACCAGAUUCAAAGACUUCCACCUGAGAUUAAAAGCUUGAGACGGCUUCAACAUCUCAGUGUGCUGGACAAUCAGUUGGAGGAGGUCCCUGCUGAGUUGGGUCAUCUCACUAUGUUGUCUGAGUUAAACUUGACAUCCAAUAAUUUGUCCUGGCUACCUCAGCAGCUGUACCAGUGUAAAGAACUAACCAGGUUAUAUGUAGCCAGAAACAAGCUGACCAGCCUACCAGAGUGUGGCAGCUACAUGACCAAACACUUACAUUUCACUCAGGGAAUUGGGGCACUGGCAAAACUCCAGGUUCUAGAUGUGGCUGGGAACAAGAUGUCUAUGUUCCCCAUUGAGUUUCACCUGCUGCCCCUGAAGGAGCUCUACUAUGAAGGCAACAGGUUUGUGCGCUGUGAGCCGAUAUCGUCAGUGCAGGAUGUGGAGGUGCUUACAUUAAAGGAACUGGUUGCCAGAUUUGUCUUGCAGGAGAACAGGAACAUGUCGUCUCUGGUCCACAGGAUGCUUCACCACUACCCACUCCUGACCACCCUGUUGGCCAGUGGCAGCUGUUGUGCGCUCUGCCUGGGUCCCUUCCUCACCACCUGGCUGGAGUGUGUGCAUUUUGUCAAUCUGAAGAAGGACAUGAAAAUAAGGAGUUCGCUGACUAUUCCCGUGCGCGCCCUUCUCUGUUCGUACAAGUGCUUUAAUACAGAUGGACACUCCUACUAUGGUAUUGCUGCAAGAUAAAUACAAGUUCAGUAAUAAUAGCUACUAUCUAUCUCAAUCACAAUGGACACAUAUCUAUUAAUACACACAUUUAACAAUAAACCUCACCAAGACAAUGCAUUUCUGGCAGUAGUUAGAUGUGCUAAAAUAUAUUAAUAUGGUGCUAUGAUUUCCAGUAUAUGAGUUUUUUGUCCUUCAAACAUCUCACAGAUGCCGUUUGACUCCGUGGUCACUAGGUGGCAUCAAAAGAACACUGAAAAAUGUUUUAAUAAUGAUAGCAUGUCGAGUAUAUUUAUGCUGUGUGCCAACCAUAGCUUUCAUAAAAUUCCUAAUAAUAAAAUCUGUAUAAUAGGUCUGUA